AACUAUACAAACAAUAUUAUAGGCCUACAGCGCGGCAUGACCAUCAUAAUGAUGUACAGCGUUGUGACACAUGUAAACAGGCGUCAAGUCAAAUGACAGGCAACCAACUCGCAGCAUUCGUUCUGUUGACAUCUCUCUCUGCCUCGACCUCGUCGGUUCACGCUGUGAAAGAUAGCCCCCACCUGGACCAGAUUGACGCUAAAGAAAAGUGCAUCACGUUCACGUGGCGGGGAUUCUCAGUGCGCUCAACACUGCUGGAGUUUAACCUGACCAACAAUAGGACAGGCGAGCAGGUCAGUUACCUGGUGCCAAACGUCAUCAAAUCGAAAACUGUCUGCAACCUGGAACUCCACCAGAGCUAUCGAGUCAGUGCCAGAGAUCCUAAAUGGGCGUCAAGAAAGAGCAUCGAGAAAAUCAUGUGGACAUUGCAGGCGGUACCCGAUUACCCACCCAUACCCCAACUCGUGUAUACGACUGACACAUCCAUAAAGAUCAUGAUCUUUGCCACCAAGAUUGAUCUGAAUAAAGGACCUUUCACUGGCUUUGAUAUCCGAAUACAAAGAGCAUCUGACACAGGUAUAGGCGACACCCUACCUCUAGACAACAGCUCGAGUGACCCCAUCCGCAGCAGACGUGAAGCGGGCCUGUUGACCGGCCGACCCCAGGGUCAAACCGUGGGCUUCAUCAACACGAACCAGGACGUGGAGUUUUUGAUUGGUCAAGGAAAUUCUAACCACAACAAGCCGCUAGAGAAAGACACGGAGUAUGUCGUCUAUGUGGGCGUGGUCAGCAUGGUGGCCUACAGUUCAACACACGCCUACGUCUCGAUGACAGCCGCCACCAGAAGAAUGAACAUCCACAUCAUCGUCAUGGUCCUGUGUUUCAUCGUGGGCAGCGUGUUGCUGACCUACGUCAUGAGCUUCCUACUGUGGAAGAGAAAGCGUAUGGAGGAGGACGCUCUGAGGGCCAAGGAGUGGAUGCUCAUGUACCACAGCGAUCUCAGCGACACGGAGCUCUUCUCAGAGGAAAUCUUUCUCAACGGGGACUGGAGGUUUUCCCAGUACAUGGGUGACAUUAGAAAAGAUAAGGUGACGCUGGAAUCAAGCCAAACCAAACAUGUUAUGUGAUCCACACAUCCACCCACACAUCCACCCACACAUCCACCCACACAUACACCCACACAUCCACCUACACAUCCACCCACACAUACACCCACACAUACACCCACACAUCCACCCACCCACACAUCCACCCACACAUCCACCUACACAUACACAUCCAUUAACACAUUAAUCCAUCAACCUACACACUCAACCACUGAUCCCUACCCCAAAACAAACAUACAACUAGUAUUGCAACAUUCCCAAAACAAACAUACAACUAGUAUCGAAACAUUCCCAAAACAAACAUACAACUAGUAUUGCAAAAUUCACAAAAUAAACAUACAACUAGUAUUGCAACAUUCCCCAUCUGUAUGCCCUCCUUCACUUCGUGACUGAUUCACCGGAUUGCCUAAUGACGAAAUGCAUCCUGUCUGCCUAAUGAUGUAAUGCCUCCUGUCUGCCUAAUGACGAAAUAAAAUGGAGGGGGUGUCUUCAGCUCAUCAAACUUUUAUACAAACCAAUUGUAAAUAAAUUUUACUAGAUAUGCGCGUACACUGU